UGGUUAUAACGAAACGAUGACUGUGAAGUGUACUAACUUAGUUACCUGACAUUCAGACCUGGUAUUUACACGCCUCGUAGUUUCCAUAGUGUCGAUGCACGUUUUUGGACUACUAUCAAAAAACUUUGACCUGCUUAGUGCUGGUUCAUUGCCACGAUAAGAUAAUUAAUACACGAUACCUAUAGUCAUAAAUGUGUACAGUUAGUGUCAAUAGCAUGAAGAUCUGGAAUUUUUUUUUAAUUCUACUUCUUUCUCAACUGUGCCGAGAAACUGCCGGUUCUUUAAAAUUAGUGCAAGUACUUUUCAGGCAUGGAGAUCGCACACCUACCGAAACAUAUCCAAAUGACCCACACCAAAGUUGGAAAGGUGGUUGGGGAAUUCUAACCAAUAAAGGAAAAUCGCAAAUGUAUUAUUUGGGCAAACUUCUAAGAGAACGAUAUCGCACCUUCCUACCGGAACAUUACAUUGCAGAGAACGUGUAUGUCAGAAGCAGUUAUGCGGAUAGAUGUAUAAUGAGUGCACAAACCUUCUUAGCGGGAUUAUUUCCGCCGAAAGAUGAUCAAAUUUGGAACCCAAAUUUGUUGUGGCAACCCAUUCCAGUCAAAUCCGUACCUCGCCAUUUAGACAACGUAAUCGCCAUGAAAAAGCAGUGCCUAGUAUAUGACGAUGCUUUAAAAAAUGCGUACCAGUCCCCAAAAAUAAAACAAAUUAACGAAGCAAACGCAGAUCUUUACGAAUAUUUGACACUCGCCACCGGUAACCCAGUAAAAGAUAUCAACGCAGUGGAAUACCUAUAUAACACCUUGGAAAUUGAAUUGCAAAACAAUUUGACACUGCCACAAUGGACGAAAAACAUUUCCUUAAAUCACUUAAGAAAGAUCGCUGAAAUGAAUUUCGCCAUUUUCUCAGACACAACUCUAAUGAAACGCCUCACUGGAGGCUCAUUUUUGACAGAAGUCAUAACACAGAUGAAAACAAAAAUUGAUCGCACUUCAGCUUUAAAUAUAGCUUUGUUCUCCGGACACGAUGUCACCUUGAUAACUGUUUUGAGAACUUUGGGCUUUGAAAAAUUGUUUAAACCAGAUUAUGGAGCAUAUUUGGUCUUUGAAUUACACGAAGCCAACGGUGACUAUGAAAUAAAGAUUUUUUUUGGAGAAAACUACGAAACUGUUCCCCAACAAAUGGAACUGGAGUUUUGUAAAUCGCCGUGUAUUUUUAACAAUUUUGUAAAAGGAUUGCAUGCCGUUUUGCCAGACGAUUGGGAAGCGGAAUGUUCCCGUUAUUAGAUGAAGUGUGUCUGCCUGCUCGUUGUAAACUGCAGUAUUUUUUCACUAUCAUUAUAUCAACUCACUUUCACCGUUUUUCAUUCUAAGACAAAUAAAUGUCAUAAUCAUAUUAUUUUUCAAAAUGACCUUUGGCGUGUAUCAAACCAAUGAUUAAAAUAUCUGAUUA